UGUUUACAUACAGUCGGGCAUGGUAAUGCUGCUCGGGUGGUUGUCGGGGGGUGUCAAAAGUUUUUGGUUUUUCUUGUGGUAAACAAUUGCCUGGUGGUUUCCUAGAGUACUCGGAAAAUGCUGAAAGACAACGUAACAAACGAUAAAUACCGCAAAGCUGUGGAACAACUUUAUCUUAGAUAUCAGGAGGUUCAGGCGGAAAAUGAACGCUACGUCUACAGGCUGGCGAAAGUUAAGAAAAUGGUCAAACGGAGGCUGAAGGAUGUGGCGAUGCUAAAGAGCCGGUUGGAUAGGUACAACGAUGGCUGGCGACACGUGCCCAUGGUUGCUCCGCAUCGGACACGUAAGACAGAGCUGAAACGGGGCCCGAAACCCAAACCUAAAAAUACGGAACCGAAAGUUCGAGUUAAAAAACAAAAAUCCACGGAAAAGACGCUGAAACAGAAAAUAUUGACUGCGAAUAAGAUUGUAGAUUAAGAUAUGCAUUGGAAAAAGUAAGUAGGCUUAAGCUGGUUGUAAUUAAAUUUCGUUUAUUUGGAACAUAAAAUUGUGUUUUCAA